UAUACGCAUUAUAAAAAUGGUGGCACCUCCAUCCACUCAACAGCCAGGAGUCCAGGAUGCUCGGGAAGCAGAGAUAUCCCAUGGAGAAUAAUUCAACUAUGGGGGAGAAAGGGAAAGAAUCUAUGGAGUUUAAUGGGAAAGAGACUCAUAAAGUAAUAACCUUGGAAAACAGUGAAGAAGAAGAGCCAGAGAUCAACUAUAGAGGAUGGAAAGCCAUGCCUUUCAUCAUAGGGAAUGAAACUUUUGAGAAGCUUGGAGCCAUUGGAACCUUGUCAAAUCUCUUGAUAUAUCUUACAACUGUCUUCAACAUGAAGAGCAUCACAGCUGCAACAAUUGUCAACGUCUUCAAUGGCACCACCAACUUCGGUACUUUGGUUGGGGCCUAUAUUUGUGACACUUACUUUGGUCGUUAUAACACCUUGGGGUUUGCCACCAUUACAUCCUUUCUGGGUUUGCUUGUGAUUCAAUUAACUGCUGCAAUCUCUAAACUGCACCCUCCCCAGUGUGGAAAAGAGAGUAGAACAUGCCAAGGGCCAACAGCAGGUCAAAUAGCAUUUCUACUUGCAGGACUUGGACUCAUGGUUGUAGGAGCUGGUGGAGUUCGCCCAUGUAAUUUAGCAUUUGGAGCAGACCAAUUCAACCCAAAAACUGAAUCUGGAAAAAGGGGUAUUAAUAGCUUCUUUAAUUGGUACUAUUUCACCUUCACAUUCGCCCAGAUGAUGUCUAUGACACUAAUCGUUUACGUUCAAGCAAAUGUUAGCUGGGCAAUAGGUCUAGCAAUUCCAGCAAUUCUGAUGCUCAUUGCUUGUAUGCUCUUCUUCUCUGGUUCAAAAAUCUAUAUCAAAGUGAAAGCUAAUGGCAGCCCAAUGACCAGUGUAGCACAGGUUGUAGUAGUUGCGAUCAAGAAAAGACGUUUGCAGCCAGUAGAGCAACCUUGGUUCUCCCUUUUCAAUUAUAUUCCACCCACGUCUAUCAAUGCCAAGAUUUCUUACACAAAUCAAUUCAGAUUCCUCGACAAAGCAGCAAUUAGGACUCCUGAAGACAAAAUAAACCCUGAUGGAUCAGCAGCUGGUCCCUGGAAACUUUGCAGCAUGCAGCAAGUGGAAGAAGUGAAAUGCCUGUUCAGAGUGAUUCCCAUAUGGGUAGCAGAUGUUGUAUUAUAUAUUGCUAUAGUCCAACAGCACACCUAUGCAGUGUUCCAAGCUAUUCAAAGCGACAGACGCCUUGGAAGCAGCAACUUCAAAGUCCCAGCUGCGUCCUACGGGGUGUUCAUGAUGCUAAGUUUAACCAUCUUCAUACCAAUCUAUGAUCGAAUCCUUGUGCCAUUUCUCCAGAGGCUAACAGGAAAAGAAGGUGGCAUCACAAUUCUUCAAAGAAUUGGCAUUGGCAUAGUGUUCUCCACUCUGUCAAUGUUAGUCUCUGCCUUGGUUGAAGAGCAUAGAAGGACUAUAGCUUUCACCAAGCCAACUCUAGGAAUUGCACCAAGAAGGGGUGCCAUUUCAUCAAUGUCCAGUUUAUGGUUAAUCCCUCAGCUAGCACUGGCAGGACUAACUGAGGCAUUCGGUUCCAUUGGCCUGGUUGAAUUCUACUACAAGCAAUUUCCAGAAAACAUGAGAAGCAUUGCAGGGUCUCUCUUUUUCUGUGGCAUGGCAGGUGCAAGUUAUUUAAGCAGUUUACUAAUAACUAUAGUUCACGGAACAACAAAUUGGUUGCCAGAAGAUCUCAACAAGGGAAGACUUAACUACUACUAUUUCAUGAUUUCUGCUCUUGGGGUCUUAAAUUUCGGCUACUUUUUGCUAUGCGCAAAGUGGUACAAGUACAAAGGAGGCGUGAGAGAUGCAAUCCAAAUUACCCAACUGGCGAAGCCGAUUAAUGCUUGAGAUUUUAUUAGGUCUCAAAUUAGAAUCCUGUAAAGUUAAAGAGUAAAACAAAUAUUUCCCCCAAAAAAAAAAGGAAAAGUAUUUCAUAAGAAAUCAGAUUAUAUAACCCUGUUGGAGUUCACCAGUCCUACUCUGUAAGCUGUUCCUGCCCUGGGAUGGAGAUGCCCCAGCUAUCCGUAAACUUUUGUAAUAAUAAUAAUAAUAAUAAAGAAAUAGAGGUUAGGUUAUGCAGUCAAUGACUUAAUAAAAUAAAAUUAGAAAAGCAGAGUUUUCGCGUAA